AUGAUCACUUUCAAUCAACAAAUAGCGGUCGAGGCACUAGGGCCCAACUUGUACGGGUCGGUCAUGCCGCCAACAAGUAUGGGCGUCCUGGCUUCGUAUGCAUAUGGAGGAAAUACGCUAGCUGUAGCGGUCAACGCCGCUUAUCAAACGGUUCAAUCCUCAUUCCACCUGUACUCAAUCUGUGGGCAUUUCGUCCGUGCCGCGAAAACAGAUCGCAGACUCAUCUGCCAAAUCGAAAGAGUCAGAGAGACUCGUACCUUUCAGACUCGGAUUAUCCGAGUGAGCCAGGAGGCAGACGAUGGCUCGGCUCAGCUCUGUUUCAUCGCGUCGGCGGAUUUCCAUAUCGAAGAACCACGCUCCAUGGUGAUAUAUUCAACACUUCCACAGACUAAGCUGCCGCUUAGCGACACCGUUAUCUCGCUCACAGCCGCGCAGACACCAACUGAACAUGGACUAUACCAAAAUAUCGAGCGGUUUUUGGAUAUGCAGCCGGUGACUCUUGCGGCCAGCACAAACGAGGAAGUUGAGGAGCGGAAAAGCUCUUCCUCUGCACCGUCGAAAUUCUCGGCGGAAAGAUUCCGCGCACAGACGCCCCUGAGAAGUGAGGCUGAACAGAUAUCGGCAUUGGCUUUUUAUAUGGACAAAGGCCUGGCUUAUAUACCGGCGAAUCACAGUGGUUAUCCACUGACCGAAGCCAGUGCUUGCGCCAGUCUUGACUUUUCGCUUCGAUUGUUCACGCAUGAGAUCGAUCUGCGACGGUGGCAUCUGUCGGAAGCAACGACGUCUGUGGCUGGAAAUGCUAGGGCCUUUAGUGAAGGGCGCGUAUGGGAUGAGAAUGGUCGUCUGCUGGCUAGUAUGACCCAGCAAACUCUGCUUCGCCCAAAGGCCGGUUUCCAUCCACGCAUUUGA